AUGGAGACAGAGCCGUGUUUGUCUUUCCGGCGGACGCCACCGGUUUCCAUCGCACCGGCAACGAGUAGCUCCCGGUCGCCGGGCUCAUUCCUUCCGUGCGACGAGCUGCGCAAAGCCGGCUCCGCGCUCCGUCUCGGUCCUCCGGUGCGCGACAGCGUGGAAGCGUACACCGUCGCACUGCAUCGCAACUUCGGGGACUUCUCGCCCAAUACCCCAGCUUCGCCGCCCGGCAAACACAGCAGACUUUUGGAGAGUCUGAACGAGGAGCAAAAGGCCGGUGUUAUAAGUGGAAAGGCGCCCUACUAUGAGGAAAUCCGAGAGAAAGGCGCUCUUAAAAGCCUGGGCUACUCUGCCAUGGGAGCCAACUGCUUUGGCAAACUGAAGGAUUCAGGCAGCGGUUUGCCAGCCGGCGACUCCAUCGCUGACUCGAUCGCCGACUCCAUCGAUUUGUCGGGCAAGAACAAGAAGCGACGAAAUCGCACCACCUUCAGCACCUUCCAGCUAGAAGAGCUGGAGAAAGUCUUCCAGAAAACGCACUACCCGGAUGUAUACGCUCGCGAGCAGCUAGCCUUGAGGACUGAACUCACAGAGGCCAGAGUCCAGGUUUGGUUUCAGAACCGUAGAGCCAAGUGGAGGAAGAGAGAACGCUACGGGAAGAUCCAGGAGGUCCGCAACCACUUCACCACGACCUAUGAUAUUUCUCUGCUCCCUCGCCAUGACACCUACCAGAUGCAGGGCAAUCUGUGGCCGGGGGCUUCAGGCGUCGUCGGAGGUACAUCAACUCCCGGCUGUGUCCUUGGACCAGACCCCUUACCCUCCUCCUGCAUGGGUGCAUACGCUCACCCUCACGGCAACCUGCAGGGUUUCAUGGGCAUUCCGUCAUCCCCCAGUCACGCCCACCACCACCACCACCCCCCACCGCAUCAUCCGGCCAUCAACGGUCUUUACUCCUUUCACAGCUUCCCGAGCGUGGAGGCUCCGGAGAACGACUACAAGCCGACAGGCCUAAUGGCACUGCGAGUGAAAGCCAAAGAGCCGGGCAGCAUUCUCUCAUGGCCGACAUGA